AUGAAGAGAGCCAAUCACACAGAGGUAAGGGAGUUUGUUUUCCAAGGUUUCUCCAAUUUCCAAGAACAUCAGCUCACACUCUUUGUGGUCUUUCUCUCCCUGUACAUCCUAACUUUGACUGGCAAUGCCAUCAUUGUGACUAUCAUCCGUAUUGACCACCACCUCCAUACCCCUAUGUACUUCUUUUUAAGCAUCCUCUCUACCUCAGAGACGUUCUACUCCCUGGUCAUUAUCCCACGCAUGCUUUCUAGCCUGGUAGGAUUGAGCCAGUCCAUCUCCCUGGAAGGCUGUGGGACUCAGCUCUUUUUUUUCCUUGGCUUUGCCAUUACCAACUGUCUCCUGCUAGCAGUAAUGGGGUAUGAUCGCUACGUGGCCAUCUGCAACCCACUUCGGUACUCAGUCGUCAUGAACUGGAGAGUCUGUGGCAUGCUAGCCUCCUCAGUCUGUGGUAGCUCUGGACCUGAACUGGCAACCCUCCAUGUGCAUAUCAUGUACAAUUUAAUGAAGAAAGAGAACCACACUUCAGUGAGUGAGUUUAUGUUCCAAGGUUUCUCCAGCUUCCAUGAGCACCAGCUCACCCUAUUUGUUGUGUUCCUUCCACUAUAUAUCUUAACCCUGGCAGGCAAUGUCACCAUUGUGACCAUCAUUAGCCUCGAUCGCCACCUCCACACCCCAAUGUACUUUUUCCUCAGCAUGCUGUCAGCUUCAGAGACAGUGUACACACUUGUCAUUAUACCAAAGAUGCUCCUUAAUCUCAUAGGCCUGAGUCAGCUCAUCUCCUUGGUGGGUUGUGCUACUCAAAUGUUCUUCUUCAUCACUUUGGCCAUCAACAACUGCUUCCUGCUCACAGCUAUGGGGUAUGAUCGUUAUAUGGCUAUUUGCAACCCCUUGAGGUACUCGGUCAUCAUGAAUAAGAGGGUGUGCAUCCAGUUGGUGUGUGGGGCCUGUAGCAUUGGCCUGAUUGUGGCAAUGACACAAGUGUCAGCUGUAUUCAGCCUGCCCUUCUGUGCCCUAAGAGUGCCCCACUUCUUCUGUGACAUUCGACCCAUGAUGAAGCUCUCCUGCAUUGAUACCACUGCUAAUGAGAUCCUGACUCUGAUCAUCAGUGUCUUAGUGAUCUUGGUUCCCAUGAGCUUGGUUUUCAUUUCCUAUAUUCUCAUCAUCUCCACCAUCCUCAAGAUUGCUUCUGCUGAGGGAAGGAAGAAGGCCUUCGCCACCUGUGCCUCUCAUAUCACAGUGGUUAUUGUCCACUACGGCUGCGCCUCCAUUGCUUACUUCAAGCCCAAGUCAGAAAACACCAGGGAUGAGGAUCAGCUGAUCUCAGUGACCUACACUAUCAUCACCCCCCUACUGAACCCUGUGGUGUACACCCUGAGGAACAAAGAGGUCAAAGAAGCUCUGUACAGGGUUAUUGGCCGAAAACUCUCCUGA